ACAGUAUUCUGUAGCUUUAGGUUAUACUAGUGUAGUUGGUAAAUCGUCUUUGACUGGAUCAGUAAAGAGAAAAACGUUUUUUUGGACUGUCAUUGUUGAGUGGUUGUAAUUAUUAGGGUGGACAAUUGUUGAACCCACUGGGUGGUAACUUACCUUAAAAACAAGACAUAAAAGUGACCAAGGACUAUAGUUUAACUGCAGUUAGGAGUUAAAUGUUUAGGAGAACAGGUGUUGAAAAUUUGGCGAGACUAAAAUACAACAGAAAGGAAAAAGUUCUGUAGAAAGAGAGAAUUAUUGCUUAACUAACUGGACUGUGUAAAAUAAUAAAAGCUCACAUAAGAAAUUAAAAUUUGAAGGAUUUAAAAAAGGAACAUUUUUGUUCAGUCUGAUUGAAUUGUGUUGCAUAAAUUAUAUUGCCAAUUAUUCAGAUAACUUUUAAACUGUAAAAAUGCAUUCUUCAUGGGAGACAUCUUCGCGAAUCAUUCCAACGAGGUAUGAGACAGACUUUUGGCGUACAUCGCCGAGAUGGGAACUCACUCCAUCGUUCUCUCACACUCCAUCGUUCUCUCACAUUCCACCAUUCCCAACCACUCUGCCGCCACCACCACCCCCAGAAUUCUCGUCAAGUUUGGUUCAUUAUCCAUCUCGGGAAAAGCAGCAGAUGGAUUUCGAGCGUGAAAUGAGACGUAUGAAUGACGAAAUGAGCAGAAUGAUGGAGAGCAUGCCGAGGUCUGCACCUGCUCCUGUACAAAAUGUUGAUGACUGGAGACUGACCGAAAACUUCCGCAUGGAGAAUCCGAUCCAAACAUUCGGUGACGGAACGAGAAAAUUCCAUUUGCAGUUUGACAUGCGUCAGUUCAAACCAGAGGAGAUUCAGGUUAAAACGUCUGGAAAUUCGCUGACAGUUAGUGCUAAACAUGACGAGAAAGAUCCGAACAAAUCAAUCUUCCGGGAGUACAACAGAUCAUACGUGUUGCCAAAAGACAUCCAUCCGGAACGACUAACAUCUAAGUUAAGCACUGGCGGCGUAUUGACAAUCGAAGCACCUCUGCCUGCUUUGGAAGGGCCCAGAGAAAAACUAAUCCCCAUAAAACAUAAUUAAACUUUCAGGACGAAUUUUCAGGAAAACUGGUGAUCGUUCAUAAAGUUUGGUGGACUUCUUAAGGUGUCUUUCAUAAAGGAACAUAAUUGGAUUAUGUAAAAAUAAAUGCAUUUGAUAUUGUAAGUUAAUUGCAGGCUUUUUAUUUCUUAUACAAAUUAUAAUACCAAACAUUAUUAAUUAAGUAAGCUUACAUUUCUUUUUAUAUUUUUGUAAAUAUAUAGUAAUUAAGUUUUUGAAAUUCCUGUUUUUUGUCAUAAAAAUAAAUAUGGUAUAGGUUUAUUUGCUGUUAAAAAGUUGUUCUUAAGGAAGUUCUGCAUGUUUGAUAUAUUAUCAUUAUAUACCACAUUUAUGUAGGAUUCGUAAAAAAAUGAAAAAAUGAAAUAAAUGUUUUUCUACAAUAUAAUAUUUUAUUGAACCAUUUUUUCCCAAUGCAUCAUUAUGUCUGAAGGAAAUUCAGCUAUUAGAAAUAACAGGGUCAUAUGCUUGCUUUUUUCAUUAGUGCGUUUUCAGUCAUUAUGGCCGAAAAGAAAUGUAUAGCUCCAGUCUGUGUGCUUAAUUUUUCGCAAUUCCCUAAAUGUCAGUUGGAGUCCUUACAUUUCUGCUUAUAUUAUGUUAUUAUUUUGAAUCCCUCAGCAUCAAAUAUCUAUUGUCAAAGUUAACCUUAAGAAAGACAGUAGGGCUGACGCUUCAUACACCGGUUAUAAUAGAUUCCAAGCAAGAUUUAUGCCACCUGUAUAAUUGGUACCAGGCAUUAUUCUAUGUUUUCCGGAUAAAUGACAGUAUGCUGUACUUUCUGGUUAAUCAAACAUGCAAAACUACCUUAAAAUAAGAAUUUAAGUCUAUACAGGCAAAAAGUAUUAUAACUAGCAGUUUGUUACUAUAGCAAUUAAUUCUGACAUUGCAUUAUCCUUCUGUAACAGAAAAGUGGCAGCAAAUUUAUGACUACAUUGUAAGUAAGCAAAGAAGUGUCACAAAUAAUGUAAUUGAUGCAAUAAAUUGUUAAGGUGGUGUUAUAUGACCUGUGGAUGACAUUUGUUUGCAAAUGGUUAUAUUUAUUGCAUCGGACAGGUCAGUAUUUUAUAAAAUAGAAAAAAAGUUUGAAAAUGUUGCAAUUUUAGUGGUUUACAUUGGGAAAAGGGGAAAACACACAUUAUAACUUAAUGAUGGUGUUGUGAUAACAAUGAUGUUAUAAGUACAAAAUUAUCAUCUUAAAAAUAAGUAUUUUACAAAAAAGUUUUAUAUAUUACAUAAUGCUUCAUUGCCUCGGGGAUGUAUUAUUAUUUAUGUAUUUCGGCUGGUCAUUUGUGGGUUUAUAUCUUCUUGUGUCAUUUAUAUAUCACUUAUAAUUUAUUCUACAAUUAAUUAUAAUACAUUUGUUAUUUUUUACCGAAAUGAGAUUUUUUGUACAGAAUCCAGGGAAGAUUGUCCCUUAAGCUGUAAAAAUGGUAAUUAUGAACAACGUCAUGGUAAAAAGGACCUUUUUGAGAUUGAUGUAAAUAUUAGGUCUGUUAUAGUUUUGAAUUCUUUUAACUUCAUUUUAUAUUGUUUUAUAAGAAAUUACAUUUUCAUAGGGGGAAGAAGGAAUUUCACAUGAACAAAAAUUUAAGAAGCCGAGUGUCAUUAUAAUGUGGUAAUAUUACGUCACUUUUCAAAAAGAUUCUUUUUCUCUUGGUAUGUUUUCUUUUACAUUUUUUUUUCAGUAUGAAUGCUGCGGUAUUGUUUUAAUGUUUAAAAUGAUCAUUGAUAAAAUAUUUUAGUUUCUCAGAAACUGUUACAUAUGAGAUUUAAUGUCUUGAGUGCUAGAAUGUAAAAGGAAUUUAAAUACAUUUUCUUUGCAAAGAAAAGAUAUGGAUAGACAUUAAACCUUUCACAGAUUUUCUGGACUUUUUGGGGGAUGAUUUAUCCAUAAAAACUGUUUGAUAAUGUUGAUGGUACACUACCAGGGAUUUUAAAGAAAUUUAGCAAAAAGAAAACAUGGAAAAAAUAUUUCCAACCCUGCUAGACAACCCUGGGAAACUAGAUAUACUUAUUUUAGCCUUAUCUGUUGAUUCCUAUGUUAUUGCUUGAUAAGAAAAGAUUAUUGUAAAUAAAAUUAUAAACAUA